AUGGAAGCUAUGGAACCAACAAAAAACGCCAGAGAAAAGAGAGGAAUACCAAACAGCACAAAAAAUAAUAAGAGAAACUUGCUCAGUCUGCAACUAGCGGAAAUGGAAGAAAACUUCAAGAAGAAUAACACCACACUUUUUCACAAAGCCUUUGAGGGAAGAAUGAAGGGAUUCCGUCCCAGAGGACUUGCGCUGAGGAGAAGAGAUAGUACUCUGGCACUGACGGAUGAGAAGAACUGCGUGAUUCUGGCGAAUUAUUUCGAGAAACUUCUGAAUUGUGAGUAA